AUGCCGAUUUUUGUUGUGUACACCAACUUGCCAAAAGACAAAAUUCCCAAGGAUUUCCUUGAACAAGCCUGUGCUUUUAUUUCAAAAGAAUUGGGAAAACCCGAACAUUUAGUUGUUGUGCGAGUAAAUGCUGACCAGAUGAUGAGUGUUGGAAAUUCUUCUGAUCUAUGUGCAAGUAUAGAGUUGAGAAACAUCACAGAUGGGGCAAAAAUUAAAGAACAUGCUGUAAAUAUUACUGACUUUGUGGAAAGAACACUCAACAUCCCAAAGGACAGGUUUUUCAUCAACUUUACAAAUGAGAGAGGAGAAGAUAUUUCAUUUAAAGGAAAAACCUUUGGAUGAGGAGUAAUUGUGCUUUGACAACACAAAUAGUGAAGAUACUGACUUGAUCAAAUGAUUAUGAUCUGCUAAGUGCCAUAUUUAG